AUGGGCUUAAUACUGCCUCAAUAUAUUGAUCCUCCCACGACUAUUCGUGAAAUAGAAUUUUCAACCACAAAUUAUCACGAAUUUAAUCUACGACCCGAAUGGUAUUCACAUUCUGAAGAUAUAUCAUUGACAAACGAUUUGAUUCAUAGAAGAAUUAAAAAAUUUAAAACUUAUGCUUGUAAAAAAUGUAGAACGCAUUUAUCCUCAUCUCAGGAAAUCAUGUCAAGAGAUUAUAGAGGUAAAACAGGUGAUGCUUAUUUAAUGGGGAAUUUGGUAAAUAUAGAAGAAGGAAAUCAAGAAACAAGAGUCAUGAUGACGGGAGAAUACGUGGUUUGUGAUAUUAAUUGUCAAUGGUGCCAUCAACUUAUUGGUUGGAAAUAUUUAAAAAGUGAUUCAGCUAGUCAAAGAUAUAAAGAAGGACGUUAUAUAAUGGAAUUAAAACCUGUUUAUAUAUGUGAAUAA